CGCAGCGCAACAAGAUUCUUAUCUGCAUGCUGCUCCAAAGCGAAACAUAAUUGCAAAAAAAGAUCGGCUCUGACUCUACAGUUGGAAGGAUCGCUAUGUUGUGAGAAACAGUGACCAUGGAUCCUUCAAAUAUACAUUUCUCCCCAGAAGCGAAGGAAAGGUCAAACAAUGUCAAGUGAGAUCUGUUUACCAACUAGGGCCUUUAAAUUUUGACGCCACGCCCAGGUACAUGAAGAGUCAUAAAAAGAGAUCAAGCAGAUAAAUUCACUCGCAGCUCGCAGACCCGAUCAGCCAAAAUUUAAAUCGCACAAGGACAUGCCGAGAUCCGCACGAGAUCAUGCUCGAAAGUGAGUCGAUUAGAACAUUCACGAUCCCAAUGUGAAAAACUACGGACUAUUGCUGUUUGCAAAGUUUUUCUUGCAAAAAACCGAUUGAUCAUAUCACAUCUUCUCUCAUCAUCACAGGGAACCGAGGAAGGUCUUUUCUCAGACUUCUCUCUAGGUACAGAGUAGUAGUUUCACACCAAAAACACACACAAAAUGGGUCGUCGUCCGAACAAGUGCUACCGGUACUGCAAGAACAAGCCGUACCCCAAGUCCCGCUUCUGCCGUGGUGUCCCGGACCCCAAGAUCCGUAUCUUCGAUACGGGUGCGAAAAAGACUGACGCCAGCGUGUACCCCUGCGCCGUGCACAUGGUAUAAGAAUUAGGGAUUUUUUGUCUGAUGCACACACAUCAUAGGUUUAGAAACUUGAGCGUCGUUUUCAUUGGCGUAUCCGGCAUGACAACCACCAAGUGUGGAUUAUCUCCAGCAUGACAAACAAAAGUCGGAAAAAUCUUUAAUGCGAAAAAACCAUCUUAGCCAAACUCUCUCUCUCUCUCUCUCUCUCUCUCGUGCGCAGUAGGUGCAACCGCAACACAAUUCUCUAUCAGGUCUCCGACGAGAAGCAGCAGCUUUCCAUGGAGGCUUUAGAGGCCGCCCGUAUUGCGGUGAACAAGUACCUGGUGACCAACUGCGGUAAGGAUACCUUCCACAUCCGUAUUCGCCCGCAUCCCUUCCACGUCUUGCGUGUGAACAAGAUGUAUGAAAUGCAAAAGCAUCGUACUAGUAUAAAUCGCAUGACAAACUUCCUCAGCAUGAGAAACAAAAUUUGUCAUGCGGAUUCAACUUGAGAAAGAAAUUUGUAAUGCAUAACUGCGAUUACUACGAGUACGAUACUUUUGCACAGGAUAAGAUGCUCUCGUGCGCCGGUGCGGAUCGACUGCAGACCGGUAUUGUGGCUUUUGCAAUACAAAUUUCAUUUUCAAUGCGGAGUUCCGCAUUACAAGCUUCUUUCAUCCCUAUAUUUGAGAAUACUAUUCGGGAGAGUCGGUUUGUCAUGCGUGUUUACUGGUAAAAUGCAAGUCAUGUUUCUCAUGCACGGAGUGAAGAUGCGAGAAGAGUCACAACAUAUCCGAAUUAUAACUUUAUCAGGUAUGCGUGGUGCCUUCGGUAAGACCUACGGUAAGGCCGCCCGUGUCGACAUCGGGCAGAUCCUGAUCUCCGUCCGCUGCAAGGACGACAAGACCCACCACGCCGUGGAGGGGCUCCGCCGCGCCAAGUUCAAAUUCCCGGGCCGCCAGAAGAUCCACGUGAGUCACAAGUUAUCAAAUGCAAAUAUCCCUGGAUGUCUGGAAAGUUGGAACUUGUGAUGCUAACUUUGGACUCCAAAAAAAUUUGUAUCACGCAUGACCAGCAAGAGGAGUCGAGUUGGUGCUACGCGGGGAGGGCAUUUGUCAUGCGGAAUAGGCGUAAAGAAAAAGUAAGAAAAGCUGUGAUGCUAGGGAAUAAUACGUCACAGACGUCACAGACGCCAUGUAAAAUCUGCAUGACAAGUUCCAACCUUCCAGACCCAGACAUUUUUACAUUUGAUACAAGUUCGGGUUCACCAAAUUCCUCCGUGAGGACUACGCCAAGUACAAGGCCAUGGGCCGCCUGGUGCCGAACGGUGUGGACGUCAAGUGGUUGUCCAGUCGUGGACCUUUGUCCCGCUUCACCAACCCGAAGUAAAGUGGUGUGCUGUCGUGUGACAGGAUAGCUUGUCUUCGUGCGGGACUACUGCCUACAACACUUCAAUGUGUGAAGUGUACGAAGUGGUACAUGGAUCAACAUCGGAAGAUGAAACUACACUGUGUGAAACUCUGAGCCUUGAAUUCUGAUGAAAGUGCUAUAGAUGGUUUGUGUUGUUGUGUCAGCAUCGAUCAUGUUAUGAUGCUGCUUUGGCACGACAAAGAGCCAUCUUCUGUGCUUUGAUGGAAUCGAAUUGAAACAAAACUGUACCUUGAGAAGAUGUGAGACCGAGAACUCAAAAAAAAAGAAGAAGCUUUGCACUGUACCAG